GUCACUGUGCUGCGCCUCGCGUGUCCUUGCACGCCUUGUACGGGAGGCGCCCGCUGGCCAAUGACGAAGCGAAAGAAAGGAACAGGCAAUGAUGAAAUGAAUGGCAUAUCAAGCCUCGCGGGAAGAGGGCAGAGCGAAAUUCAUCGAGCUGCCACCAUUGGGUGCGCCUCCAGUGACGUCCAGUGUCAGAAGCCACAACGAUUCUCGGGUCUGCAGCCCCUGGAAAGCGCGCACACACGUGACCCUAGGUGGGGCUUUGGUCAAAUCGGAUGUCCCCUUUUCUCUUUUAACUUCAUCUUUGUAUCUCCUUGAUCGUGUAUCACUGAAGUCCAAUAAGGCCAGUCAUUAAUUUCCCCUAAAAGCCAGCGCCUCUGACUUCAUAAGCACUGAGUACCAGGUGCCUGAAAUGACUGAACCAGCUCCAGCGUGAAAAGACAACCAGCUGAGAUGUGCCAGGAGCGACAGCCAGACAUUUGUUAGACUUUGCUAUUUGACAUGAAUAGCUCAUGCCUCACCGUCUUACGAGGGAAAUCAAUUUAUAGACUCAGUGUUCGUGAGAAAUUUUGGAUGUGAUGGGUGUGGAAGGAAAGGAGCCUAAAUUUAACCAAGAGAAUGCAGGUUUUUCUGAACCCGUCAUAUAACCUGAGGCCUCAAACUCUUCAUCUGCAAACAUGUUUUAUGGCAGGCCGAGCAGCAGACAUGAUGAGCGUCAAGGCCUUCACUCUGGUUUCUGCCGUUGAGCGGGAGCUGCUGAUGCAUGACCAGGAGCGUGUCAACAUCGAGUGUGUGGAGUGCUGUGGUCGGAACCUCUAUGUGGGCACCAGUGACUGCUUCAUCUACCACUUCCUGCUGGAGGAGAAGGCACUGCCCUCGGGGACUGCUGCCUUCACAGCAACCAAGCAGCUGCACAGACACCUGGGAUUCAAGAAGCCUGUGAGUGAGCUGCGUGCAGCCUCGGCCCUCGACAGGCUGCUGGUGCUCUGCGACAGCUGCAUCUCCCUGGUCAGCAUGCACAGCCUGGAACCUGUGCCCUCGGGUGCGCGCAUCAAGGGGGCGUCUACCUUCGCACUCAAUGAGAACCCCGUGGGUGGGGACCCAUUUUGCGUGGAGGUCUGCAUCCUCUCUGUCAAGCGCAGGACCAUCCAGGUGUUCCUGGUGUAUGAGGACCGUGUGCAGAUUGUCAAGGAGGUGUCCACACCAGAGCAGCCCCUGGCUGUGGCUGUGGAUGGCCACUUCUUGUGCCUGGCCCUGAGCACACAGUACAUCAUCCUCAACUACAACACCGGCUUCUCACAGGACCUGUUUCCCUACUGCAGUGAGGAGAAGCGGCCCAUCGUUAAGAGGAUUGGCAGGCAGGAGUUCCUGCUGGCUGGCCCGGGCGGCCUGGGCAUGUUUGCCACUGUGGCCGGGAUAUCCCAGCGGGCCCCUGUGCAUUGGUCGGAGAAUGUGAUCGGAGCAGCCGUGUGCUUCCCUUACGUCAUUGCGCUCGAUAAUGAGUUCAUCACGGUGCAUAGCAUGCUGGACCAACAGCAGAAGCAGACCCUGCCCUUUAAGGAAGGCCACAUCCUGCAGGACUUCGAAGGAAGAGUGAUUGUUGCCACAAGUAAAGGAGUCUACAUCUUGGUCCCAUUACCUCUGGAAAAACAAAUACAGGAUCUGCUGGCAAGCCGCAGAGUGGAGGAGGCUUUGGUCUUGGCAAAAGGUGCCCGGAGGAACAUUCCAAAGGAAAAAUUUCAGGUGAUGUACAGAAGGAUUCUGCAGCAGGCCGGCUUCAUCCAGUUUGCUCAGCUUCAGUUCCUGGAAGCUAAAGAGCUCUUCAGAAGUGGGCAACUCGACGUCCGAGAGCUGAUCUCCCUGCACCCCUUCCUGCUGCCCACCUCUUCCUCCUUUACCCGCUCUCACCCCCCACUCCACGAGUAUGCAGACCUGAACCAGCUGACACAGGGCGACCAGGAGAAGAUGGCCAAGUGCAAGCGCUUCCUCAUGAGCUACCUGAAUGAGGUCCGCAGCACUGAGGUGGCCAAUGGCUACAAGGAGGAUAUUGACACGGCCCUGCUCAAGCUGUACGCGGAGGCUGACCACGAUAGCCUGCUGGACCUCCUGGUCACUGAGAACUUCUGCCUUCUGACAGACAGUGUGGCCUGGCUGGAGAAGCACAGAAAGUAUUUUGCACUGGGGCUGCUCUACCACUACAAUAAGCAAGAUGCUACUGCAGUUCAGUUGUGGGUGAACAUUGUGAAUGGUAACAUCCAGGACUCCACGCGCUCUGACCUGUAUGAAUACAUCGUGGAUUUUCUGACCUACUGCUCUGAUCAGCAGCUGGUGUGGACCUAUGCCGACUGGGUCCUGCAGAAAAGUGAGGAGGUUGGAGUUCAGGUCUUCACCAAGAGACCUGUGGGUGAGCAGCAGAACAGCUUUAAUCCAGACGAUGUCAUCAGCCGCCUUAAAAAAUACCCCAGAGCCCUGGUCAAGUACCUGGAGCAUCUCGUGGUGGACAGGAGCAUGCAGAAGGAAGAGUACCACACUCAUCUGGCUGUGCUCUACCUGGAGGAGCUGCUGCAGCAGAGGGAAGCCACCAGCAGCAGUGAUGCCAUGGCCACUGAGACGCAGACCAAGCUACGGCGCCUGCUCCAGAAAUCUGACCUAUACCGAGUCCACUUCCUAAUAGAGCGGAUCCAGGGUGCUGGCCUGCCUGUGGAGCGUGCCAUCCUGCACGGGAAGCUGGGCGAGCAUGAGCAGGCCCUGGGAGUCCUUGUGCACGAGCUGGGGGACACAGCGGCGGCGGAGGACUACUGUCUGUGGAGCUCUGAGGGACAGGAUGCACCCUGCCGCCGGCGCCUUUUCCACAUGCUGCUGGCCAUGUACCUGCAGGCCAAGCCCUCAGCCCCUGAACUAACUGUGGCCGCUGUGGACCUGCUCAACCGCCACGCCACAGAGUUUGAUGCCGCCCAGGUGCUGCAGCUGCUGCCCGACUCCUGGUCGAUACAGCUUCUCUGCCCAUUCCUCACUGGGGCCGUCCGUAGUAGCAUCCAUGCCAGAAGGACUGCACAGCUGGCUCUCGGCCUGGCCAGGUCGGAAAACCUGCUCUACACAUAUGAUAAGAUGAAGCUGAAAGGCAGUGCCAUCCAGCUCUCUGACCGAAAGCUUUGCCAGCUGUGCCAACAUCCUUUCUUGGAGCCCGUGUUCAUCCGGUACCCAAAUGGGGGCCUCGUGCACACCCACUGUGCUGCCAGCAGGCACAGCUCCCCCACCCCCGGAACCCGGACUUGAAGAGCUGGGCCUAAGGGUGUGAGGGUGACUGAGUUCUCUUCCAGUCUGCUGGAUACAGCAGACGGCCGCAUGCCUUGUGCCAGCCAGCACAGAGGGUGGCAUUGGGUGCCAGGUGACAUCUAUGCCUGUGAACCAGGCCACCUCCCUGCUGACUGCUCUGUGUGAGCAUGAAUGUGAACCCCUGAGAAUUCUGGAGAUGGAGACGAACAAGGCUCCUUGUGCGCUGCAGUCACCUGGAGGGAAGGGAGGAGCCCUCUGGCCCGGGCCUGGCAUCUGCACCUGGGCAGUGCUGCCUUUGCCCCGUGAAGAGCUGGCCUUGGGGACAUGGGGUACGUUACUGCUUCCUAUGGCUCCUGCCUCGUUUCCUCAAGCACUGCUGUGCUUCUGACUACCUGGCAAACCGGAAUGUGUUUGGGAAUCGCUGAAGCCCCAGAGAAGCUGCUUUGCUCCUCCUGAGGGGACCCAGGUGGGUGAGGACCAGGCAGGCUCUAGGAGACUCCACCAUGAGCCUGUGCAACCUGGUGUUCUUGUCUGAACUUGCAGCAGCUUUGGAGUUUUUCUCUUGUUUGGAAAUUGACCUGCCAUAUUCACUAGGGGUGAUUUUUCUCCUCACAAUAUGCUUCCUCCUGAAAACCUGGGAAUCAAAAAGGAGAAUGGUGCACAAAGCGGGGUGUGCCUCACAGAAGGGGCUGCUCACAUCAUGAGCUUAGCAGGGUGGGGAUGAAGCUGCCUCUGCCUGGGGCAGCCCUGGCUUGUGGGGGCAUCUGCAUAGUCCUGAGGGAUGUCAGGUCAGGCUGCCUUACCUCCCUGCCCCUCUGCCUGUCCUGUGGGGCCCCUGAACCCCAGAAAUCUGUCUCUUGUCCAUCACCACAAGUUUCUUGCUUCUGUGUCCGUUCCUGACACACUGUGGUUACUGUCCCCUCACUGCCCACCUGUGAACCUGUGAACGUCUUCCCUGGGAUAUUGGAGUCUUGGGGAGCCGGCAUUGGCUGGCAAGGAACAUGAGAGGGCCCAGAGCAUGUUCUCUCUUUCCAUACACCCAGGCCUCUUGGAGGCAAGGAAGUACACACUGCCCAGGCUGUAAAAGGAUUUGCUGUCUUCAAAUGAUCAGUCUAGAUUUACCUCUCAGGUCGCAAGUGAGCCAAGAAGCAAAAGCACCUCUGCAUUAUUUGGGAGAAUUGGCAAUAUUUUUUCCUGUGUUUCAGUUAUUUAAAGAAUAAACAAUAAGGAAGUUCUUCCUAUUGCUCUACUCUGUACUGCAUAAACUGGUGUGACUCCGAGACCCAGCUGUGAGCUCCCUGUGGACAGCUGUUCCCAGAGCACUCACUGUGCCUGGAUGUUGCUGUCACCUCCAGGAAGUGGGGUUUGAAUUCCUUGGAGAGCGAGUUACUGUUCAUGCGCCUUUGCACUUUGAAAAGCAGUUUCCUCUGCAAUACAUUGGGUGCAGUCUUGAAAAAUGCCUGUGGUUGCCCAUUUCUAACAUGGGGCCACCAGUCUGUCUCUGAACACUGAGCAUUAUUUUGAGAUAAAUGUCAUCCUUCCAAAGAAUGAGAAUGGAGUUGAGCAGUUUCCAUCUCUGCUGAAGCCUGACACAAGCAGAUUCUGUGACAGCGUGCACAGUCGUCUCAUCUGUUAAAAACUGUUACCUAACCUUUCUCACACCCUCACAAGGUCUUUUUGUCAGAUCCUAUUUUUAAGACAAAUUCUUUCUAACUAGACUUCUGUUUUGUGGCUGCCAUUGAACAAAGCAGUUAGAACUGUCACUCAGACCUACUCUCAUUAGUUCCAGGCAACCAUCCUGGUUAAAACAGUCUGAGCGGAACUCGGCUUACACGACUACUCUGUGGGCAUACUGCUCAGCUUUGUGGACUUUUCACUGCUGUUGCCUAUCAGGUCUCAGGUAGGCAUGUCUCAGAGGCUUUGGGGCCCUGUGCCUGGGUACACGUCUGAGAGGGCACGGGUGGUAGCUGCAGAGGAGGUGGCAAUGCCACACAGAUGCACAGUGGGAGUGGCCCUGGCCUGGUCUUUGCAGUCCUUGCAACUAUCUUUCAUCCCCUUGGGUCCCAGAUAUACAACCUGUACAAAUGUAAACUUGUUAAUUUUAUUAAAAUUGUUUUAAUUCUUUGCUGUAUUUCUUUU